UCGCCCCAGCCUCGGUGGUCGCUGCGGAGCUGGCUUCAGGCGGCCCCAAGAUGUUCAGCUGGCUGGGCACCGACGACCGCCGGAGGAAGGACCCUGAGGUGUUUCAGACGGUCAGCGAGGGUCUGAAAAAGCUCUACAAAACCAAACUGCUCCCCCUGGAAGAGCACUACAAGUUCCACGAGUUCCACUCGCCGGCUCUGGAGGAUGCCGACUUCGACAACAAGCCCAUGGUGCUCCUCGUGGGGCAGUACUCCACUGGGAAGACCACCUUCAUCAGGUACCUGCUGGAGCAGGAUUUCCCAGGGAUGAGGAUUGGACCAGAGCCUACAACUGACUCCUUUAUAGCAGUUAUGCAAGGAGAUGUGGAAGGAAUUGUUCCUGGAAAUGCAUUGGUGGUGGAUCCCAAAAAGCCAUUCAGGAAACUCAAUGCCUUUGGCAAUGCCUUUUUGAACAGGUCAGUAUUCACGAACUUAGUUGCUCUGGAGAGCAAAGCUAGAACCCAAUGA